AUGAGUAAAAAGUUAACAACAUCAUCUCCAUUGAAACGACCGUCUACUCGUUCAUUAUCAGUAACCAAAUCUCUACAACCACCUCAACAAUCCGAUAAAUAUACAUUUCAAUCAGACGACGAAGAGCAUAAUACAAAACCGGUGUUUAUACGUAAAAAUUUAACACCAAUAUCUACUAAACGUUCCCGUGGUCGACCAGCUAAAACUCCUAAACUUGAAGAAAUUUCCAAACGUACAUCAAUAUCUUCAUCAAAUAUUGAAAGUGAUAGUGGUACAGAAGAAAGUUCAAUAAUCAAAAGAAAACGUUCAGGUAAACGUUCUUACGAAAAACCAGUUACACGUCGAGCAUCCCGUCUAGUUUCUCAAACCAAUACACCUAUAGGUGAUAAAAAUUUUACACCUAAAAAACGCGGACGUAAACCAAAAAUGUUAAAUACAACUGAUAAUGAUAAUGAACAAGAUAAAACGAAACAACAAAUUGAAACAGAAAAUAUUGUUCCACCUCAAUCUAUAAAACGUCGUUAUAGUAAGAAGAAAACAUUAUCAACUGAUACAAAUCCUAAAACUGAUCUUACUGAUUAUGAUGAUAAUAAUUUAAAACUUUCAUCUGUUGAUGAAAAAGAUCUUAUGCAAUUUGGUUCACCACAACAUCAAAUUCAACCUCAACCUCAACAACAGCAGCCACAACAACAACAACCACAACAAAAUCAAUCAGAUGAUGAUUUUAGUGAUGAUUCAGUUGAAUUUGUUUGGAAAGGUUCAAGUAAAAUGUCUAUUGAAAUACUUAAACGUCGUAUACCAAAAGAUGAACCAAGAGAUUAUUCAUCACUUCAAUCCGAUCCAACAGCUCAACGUAAACGAGCUAUUAUUCCACGUUUAACUAAUUUUGAUGCAUUAUCUGGUCAACCAAUUGAUAAUUCAUCAUUAACAACAAAACGUCCAAUAAAUGAAAAUUCAGAACAAAAUUUACAGAAAAAAUCUAGUUCUGUUAUAACAUUAAAGAAUGUAUUUCAAAAUGAUUUUGUUCCAACAUAUAAUGAUUCAGGUCCAAAAAUGACAACAACUGCAACAACGGAUGAUAAACCUCGUCCACGAAUCUAUGCUGUUAAAAGUACAACAAUGAAAUCACGACCACCACAACAACAACAACAGCAGCAGCAGCAUCAACAACAACAACAACAACCAGGACAGCCCGAAAUUAAACGACCAAAAUGGAUGAGUGAUCAACAAGGUAAAUCAGAAGAUGAAGAGGAUGAAGAUAAUUUACCACCAGCUGGUGAAGAACCAGAUGAUUUUGAUUAUGUUCCUAAAGGUCAAUACAUACCCAAACGUCCAACUUAUCGUGGACGUGGAACAUAUCCUGCACGACGUGGUACAGGUAUGCGUGGACGACCACCUGGUUCACGACGACAAUGGCAUGAUGAUGACGAUGAUGAUGAUUACGAUCAAUAUGAAGAAAUGAAUUCAAGAUAUGGACCACGAAAACAAACAGCAUAUCGAUCAUCACGACCAAUGCAUGAUAUGGGUGGUGAUGAUGAUGAUUAUGAUAGAACUCCUCGUAUGAGUUUAACACAAGCUUAUCGUCGAAAUAAUACUGUUCGUCCACCAUUAUCAUCCAUGAGUGGUCAACGUCGUAUUGCAAUUAAUAAUGGAAAUCAUCCAAUAUAUAAAGUAAGAAACUAUAAUUCAUUUCUUUAA